CUCCGCGGGCUGCAGAGCCUCAGCCUCGGCGGCAACCGCCUCCACGGCAUCCCGCCCGACAUCCAGGAGCUCCGCAGUUUAGAGUUUCUAUACCUUGGAGGGAAUUUCAUUACUUCAAUUCCACCUGAAUUAGCAAAUCUGCCUUCUCUAAGCUAUCUUGUUCUGUGUGACAACAAGAUCCAGAGCAUUCCACCGCAGCUGGCACAGCUUCAUUCCCUGCGUUCCCUUAGCCUGCACAAUAACCUGCUGACUUAUCUUCCUCGAGAGAUCCUUAACCUGGUUCACCUGGAAGAGCUGAGCCUGCGUGGGAACCCACUGGUGGUUCGGUUUGUCCGUGACCUGACCUACAAUCCCCCAAGCCUUCAGGAACUGGCUGGACGUACAAUUAAAACUCGCAAUGUUCCCUAUGCUCCCAGCGAUCUCCCAGAGAAUCUUUUCCGCUAUCUGAGCUUGGCCAGCAACUGUCCCAAUCCUAAAUGCGGGGGUGUCUACUUUGACAGCUGCGUCAGACAAAUCAAGUUUGUUGAUUUCUGUGGGAAGUAUCGCCUCCCGCUGAUGCACUACCUGUGCUCCCCAGAGUGCUCCUCUCCCUGCAGCUCUGCCUCCCAGAGCUCUACUUCCCAGAGUGAGUCUGACUCUGAGGACGAAGCCAGCGUUGCUGCGCGCAGGAUGCAGAAAGUCCUUCUGGGAUAA